AUGCAAUCUGCAAGCAUAUGCAAUCUGCAAGCAUAUGCCAUAUGCGAUCUGCAAGCAUAUGCGAUCUGCAAGCAUAUGCCAUAUGCGAUCUGCAAGCAUCAUAUGCCAUAUGCGAUCUGCAAGCAUAUGCGAUCUGCAAGCAUAUGCGAUCUGCAAGCAUAUGCGAUCUGCAAGCAUAUGCUGUCUGCAAGCAUAUGCGAUCUGCAAGCAUAUGCUGUCUGCAAGCAUAUGCGAUCUGCAAGCAUAUGCUGUCUGCAAGCAUAUGCGAUCUGCAAGCAUUUGCGAUCUGCAAGCAUAUGUGAUCUGCAAGCAUAUGUGAUCUGCAAGCAUAUGCGAUCUGCAAGCAUAUGCCAUAUGCGAUCUGCAAGCAUAUGUGAUCUGCAAGCAUAUGCGGUCUGCAAGCAUAUGCGAUCUGCAAGCAUAUGCAGUCUGCAAGCAUAUGCAGUCUGCAAGCAUAUGCAGUCUGCAAGCAUAUGCGAUCUACAAGCAUAUGCCAUUUGCAAGCAUAUGCGAUUUGCAAGCAUGUGC